AUGAAUUGCUUGUUGCUGGUAGUCGUAAAUAUCUUGAGAAGCAGUGCGCAACUGAUAUAUGCAGAUAAUGAUAAAAUAGUAGCAGAAAGCGAGAGGGCUUUGCGAAAAUGCUUUGUCUACAUGGAACAGGUGAUGGACUGUAAUCCGCCGUUGAGGAAGAUAGGAAAGUAUAAAUGGAGGAUGGAGAAGAACUUCAAAAACGCGCUCUUCCAUCUUCAAAACGAAAAUUGCCGCCUUCAAGAAGAUUCUUCCUAUGCUCCCCCAAAAAGAGAUCCACUCUGUAAACCACCAAAGCCACAGCUAUCUGUGAAAUUAGGCGAAAUUUGCGAAGGAUUGUCAAGGGACUUUUUCGCAAAAGAAAUCUUCUCUGGCUGCCGACGAUUCAAUGCCUGGCAAGACCGAAACAACCACUUACUGAAGGACAUCCUAAGAAUGCGCAAUCAAUGUCUAAAACGCGCAAAUCUACCUUACUAA